UACAACAAGUUCCAAAUCCGUUCACUUCGCUGAUUCGCUUAUAUCGAAAGUGAAAUUGCCUGAUAUAAAACUACCUCAGUUUGAUGGUUCCUACGACAAAUGGCUUGAGUUUAGAAAUUCAUACUCUACAUUGAUUCAUAAACGUACGGAUCUCGAUUUAAUUCAAAAAUUUCACUAUUUGCGUUCAUCAGUUACGGGUACUGCAGAACGAGUUAUAAGCGCAUUGGAAUUCACACCUUCUAAUUACAAAUUUGCGUGGGAAUUAUUAGAAAAUAGGUAUCAUAAUGAGCGGCUCUUGGUACACAACCAUGUCAAAGCAUUGUACAAAAUUCCACCCAUGAUCAAGGAAUCGCCGGCGCAGAUUAGAACGAUGAUAGAUACCGUGUUACGUAACUUGCGAGCUCUUAAGACUCUAAACGAACCAACUGACCAUUGGGAUACGUUACUUAUUUAUUUGAUCGUUUCCAAAUUUGAACUUUCUACAGAAAAAGAGUGGGAGUCGUAUAAGGGAACUAUCAUAUCUAAUUCGCAAGGCGACUCUGACUCGGAGUAUAAACUAAAAUUAUCUGAAUUAAUUACCUUCCUUCGAAACCGAGCCGAUAUGUUAGAAAUGAUAAACCUAAACCACGGCAAAACGUUUAAAUUCAAUAAUACGCAGGAUAGGAACAUAAGUGAGACUAAAAAACCAGUUCAAUCGACGUCACAAACGCAUAGUCAUAGCUAUGUAGUAACGCGCAAGGAACAAACAAACAAGUCGUUUGAUAAAAAACGCGUAUGUAGUAUGUGCAAUGGCAAUCACCUUUUGUACACUUGUCCUGUCUUUCUCAAUCUAACGGUAAAAGAAAGGUCUAAAAUCGUUGAUGAAAAACAAAUCUGUCGUAAUUGUUUACGUUCAGGUCAUUCGCUAAAUGAUUGUUUGUUUGGCCCUUGUAAACAAUGUCAAUUAAAACAUAAUACUUUAUUGCAUUUUGAUAGGUCAAAUAAUACUGGCGCUGGCCAACCCUCCGCGGUAUAUAACGAGUCAGCUGAUGAUAGGGCUGGGCCAUCGCACACUACCACUGCAUUACAUUCUUGGUCGGGUUCGAAUACCGGGGUAACGAAUUCCCAUUCGGUUUUACUAUCUACAGCGUUGGUAGAAGUAGCUGACAAAGAUAAUAAUUUUCAUACGUUCCGCGCUCUGCUUGACAAUGGCAGUCAACAUUGCUUUGUCACAGAACGUUUGAGUAAACGAGUACGCGUUCCUUUAAUACAGUCCACUGUACACGUAUCAGGGGUGGGACAAGCAGUCACGCAGUCGAAUUCUGUGUGUAAAAUAAAUAUGCGUUCUAGAACUAGUGAUUACGAUACUAGUAUGUCAUGCAUUGUUCUGCCAUGCAUUACUCCUCGUUUGCCGUCGCAUCAUAUUGAUAUCGAUAUGUCUUGCAUUCCUGAAAAUAUUUCGUUAGCAGAUCCCAACUUUUAUACGCCGUCGGACAUCGAUUUGUUGAUUGGUGCAGAUAAAUUCUGGGAAUUAUUACACGAAAAUAAAAUUCGUUUGCCCAAUGGACCUUACCUGCAAAAUACAAAGUUAGGAUGGUUAAUAUCAGGGCCUAUUCAGUCGAAUUCAUUAAUUCAAGGCAACAUUCAGUGCAAUUUUGUACAAGGUCUAGACGCUGAAAUGCGUAAGUUUUGGGAAGUUGAAGACAUCCCACGCGUGGACAAAUUGCUCACAGAUGAUGAAAAGUAUUGUGAAAAAAUAUUCAUGGAUACUACAACGCGGGAAGACGACGGUAGAUUCGCCGUGCGUAUUCCUCUGAAAGAAUCGCCCGAAUUACUCGGCGACUCUUACAAUAUGGCGGAAAAAAGAUUCAUGUCGCUCGAACGUAAGUUAAAUCGUUUACCAUCAUACAAACAAUUAUACGUUGAAUUUAUGCGUGAAUAUGAACAAAUGAAUCACAUGACUGAAGUGAAUACUUACGGUAGUUCGAAUUAUUUUCUUCCACACCACGGCGUGUUCCGCGAGAGUAGCAGCACCACGAAGUUGAGGGUCGUGUUCGACGCAAGCGCAGCUGCCUCUUCAGGCAAGUCGCUGAAUGAUAUUCAGCAGAUCGGACCGAAACUUCAAAAUGAUAUUCCCCGUCUAGAACUUUGCGGCGCGUUGAUAGGUGCGAAAUUGUAUAAGAAAAUAAUCGAUUCACUGCGUUUAUCUUUCGAUCAUGUCUUCUUCUGGACGGACUCCACUAUAGUGAUGGGCUGGCUACGAAUGUCGCCGCAUUUAUUAAAAACGUUCGUUCAAAAUCGCGUCACGGAGAUAAACGAAUUGACAGGAGAUAUGCAGUGGUUACAUGUAAGUAGUGGUGACAACCCUGCAGACCUAGUAUCUAGGGGUCUUAAUCUAGACAUGCUUAGCCGCUCUUCACUCUGGUGGAGUGGCCCUUCCUUUUUAUACGAUCGCGAAACAAAUUGGCGAAAUAAUAAUAUUCCGUCUGAAAAUAAUUUACCCGAAGUUAGGGGCAACCCUAUCAUUGCCACGACUACUAGUAUACAGUUUCCGAACGUUAUUGAUUUUGAGAAAUAUUCGUCAUAUAUAAAAUUAAAACGCGUAUUUGCAUAUGUUUUGCGCUUCAUAAAUAACUCGCGUAAACGACAAUCGAUCAAUCAAUCAUUCAGCCAAUCGAGCGUUACUGGCAAUCGAUCAAAUCGUGUAAUCGAUUUAAGCGCACAGGAACUACUCUCGUCCGAGCAGAAGCUCGCCCGUCUCGCUCAGUUGCAAUCAUUCCCUGACAUUUUUUGUUGUUUACGCAAUAAAUUACCUUUAAAAUCAGUUAAAAACAAGAAACUAUACAACAAAAUUGUUGGAUUAAAUAUUUUUCUAGACGAUAAUGAGGUAAUUAGAAUCGGUGGACGACUGUGUAAUUCAUCCAGUUUCAGUUAUAAUAAAAAACAUCCAAUCUUGCUUUGCAGUAAACAUCGUUUCGCUCCCCUCACACCAGGGCACUUCCUCAUCGGGCGUUCUCUCACAGCGCCGGUGCACGACGAUCUCACCUCCAGGCAGGCCAACCGGCUCCCUCGCUACGACCGCAUAGAACAGAUGAGACAACAUUUUUGGCGCCGCUGGUCUACAGAAUAUAUUUCGGAGCUGCAGUUGAGGACAAAGUGGAAGACUAAGGCCGACGACUUACAGCUUAAUACGCUUGUUUUAAUCAAAGAGGACAAUUGGCCACCUUUGAAAUGGCGUAUGGGGAGAAUUACACGUCUAUAUCCCGGUAAAGAUGGGGUGUCACGCGUUGCUGAUAUUCGUACGGCGUCAGGCGUCAUUCAACGUGCGUUCUCCAAGAUCUGCCCAUUACCACUGGAGCCAUCUCCAUCAAGCAGCGUUAACGUUUUGGAAGAUGGACCUUCCAAGGCUGGGGGCAUGUCGUGAAGUGACAGCGCCAUCUAGUGCGUCAGCGACGAACCGCGGCAUUCACAGCAUUCACUCGUUCAGAAACAACUCCAUCUUGGGACAACUCUCGUUCAAAAACACUCGCCAUCGCCAUCUUGGACGCUAUUAGCUAUUAUACUUACCACCUGUAAACGUUGUAACUAUUGUUAAAUAAAAUAAAUAAAUACGUUGUAAAAAUAUAUAUUGAAAUUA